UCGGUGUAUGGGGUAAUGACAAAAACAUUUUUGUAGUUUCUUAAUUAAUCGAUCAAUAGUAGAAAAAUUUGCUGAAAUGUUACUGUUAUUUAAAUUUUCCUUGUUAUUGAAAACAAAGUUUUUAAAGUAAUAAUAAAUAGCCCAUUUUCAUUAUGCUAACAUACCUAAAGAGAAUCAGUUUAAUAUUUUUGAAAAACUGAGUAGGUUGAGAAUUUAUUAAACUUAAAAUAUUUAAGAUGUAGAACAUAUCGAUUUCAGACUACAAAAAGAAAAUUACUGCAUGCUUUGAUACCAAACAAUUUUGCCGUAUAGUCAUUUAAAUUAUUUUUCAAGAUAAAUGUAUUAAAAUUGAAAGUGUUAAAUGUGAAUGAUUAUGAAAUAUUAAAAAAGCCUGAUUCCGUGCUAGAAUCUUUGUCAAAGUAUGUGGUGAUGCAUUAGAUCUGCAAAAUUUUUUAGAAUUAUUUUUAGAUCUCAUAUUAAAAUUUUAACUUUUUAUUUUAAUAAAAUGGGUAAUAAUACAAACCAAUGCGGAAAUUCUGUGCAAUCAUAGGACCCUUUAACACUCCCCCUUCUUCGUCCCUUUCUAGAACUCGAAUUUCAUUGGGUAAAAAGUAAAGGAGCGUUUUCAAUUGGACAUCACGUAAUUUAUCACCAAAUAACUCUUGAGCUCUGCCCUGAGAUUUUUCACAUUCUGCCCUGAGAUUUCGGUUACAUUAGUUUAGUUUUAUAGCUAAAUCGUCAUGCAUCCAGCACUUGUUAAUUUCAACCGCUACAGCGGUUUUGGCUCGAUUUUAAGCGAUUUCGCUUUAUUAAUAGAGAUUUUGCAGUUUUACUGCCUAAUUAUAAAACCUGAGGAUAAACCUCUUUGUCCCAAAUGCGGCUGUUCAACUCGAGUUGUUAAAGACUCGAGAAGCAAAAUUGGAUAUUGUUUCCAAUGUACUAAACGCGGAAGAAAAGUGGAUCCAUGUAAUGGCAAAGUCAGCCCAACGGAUAACACUUUCUUCGAAGGAUGUCGGAUACCAAUCGAAGACGUUUUCAUUAUAAUUAUCGAAUUCGUUUGUAAAGAACGAAUAACUUCAGUUUUAGAGCAUCUAACUUUAUUUAGACGAUCGACGCAAGGGCAAAGGUUAGGAGGUCCAACUAGAAAACCAACUACGACCGUGUCGACCACAACUGUAGUCGAUUAUUUUAGUUAUUUAAGAGAAGUAGCUGAAGUGAUAGCCUCCCACAAUUACCAUCAAUUAGGUGGAGAGGACAAAUUACUGCGACAAUACAUGGCCCUACAUUUUUACCGAAGGAUAAGGCUCGACGAGGUCGAAACUUUAGGCGAAAAAAUAGACAGAUUCCUGCGAGACAUCGCCCUUGUCUACCCGGGGUAUAAGGACGGACACCGCGUCGAUGGAUUGAAACUCCUGGAGAUGGAAGUUCCCACACCUGAAUCCGAAGGGAUUGAAGCACUUAUGCCUAAACCCAAAAAGCCUAAAGUCAUCGAACUCAGUGAUGACGACGAUGUUCCAUUUGUAGAUGACCCUGAAGAUGCAACGUGGACAGAAGCUGAUUGGUGAUAUUUGAUCUUAUUUACAGGGAAUUAGCAGAAGAGGCAAUCAGAAAGGAGGUAAGUAAA